CAGUUAUAAUUCCCAGUGGAGGCGUCGACUCAACAUGUCCUCCGUUAAUUAUCAACAGCUAGCACUGGCGCUGCAUUUGUGUCUUUUGGGGCUGGCCAUGGCAGCCCAGAAAACAGCAGAUAUUCCCUCGGAUGUUUACUGCAAGACCGUGCACUGUGGCGUCAGGAAUAUAGGAUGUCACAGUAGCAAAAAUAUGAAUAUGAGCACCACAUGCGCUCCAGAUGCCAAGAUGGUCAACUUGUUCUUGCACAAGGCCCACCUGCUGCAUCUGUUCAACAGCUUUCGCAACAAGGUGGCUCUGGGCUAUACGAGCAGCUUGUAUCCGGCCGGACGAAUGGCGCGUAUGGCUUGGUCCCGGGAGCUGGAGAACUUUGCCAUCAUAUAUAUGAAGAAGUGCCGGUUAUAUCCGCGUCCCUGCAUGUCCUCGCCCGAGUUCACAACCAUUGGCAGCAUCUACGACGGACUCACCUAUACGGGCAGUGUUAAAUUGCAUAAGGUGCCGGAGAUUACGGAGGAGUUACUCGCCGGCUGGUUUGAGGACGCGCGCUUCGUGACCCGGGCCAUGAUGAUGAGCCUGACCAAUGAAUUUCCUAAGCCGUCCGUGCGUCAGGCAGUGCUGCUCAUGGCGGACCGCAAUACGCACGUCGGCUGCAGCGGCAUGCGAUUCUCCACUGGCAUUUCCCAUCAAUUCAAUCUAGUCUGCGCCUUUGCCACCGACAACAUGCUGAAUAGGCCCAUCUACAGACCCUGGGCUGAGGCUGGCGCCUUGUGCAAGGUACGCGACAGAACCUACAAAAACCUUUGCGCUGUUGGCGAAGUCUACAACAACAAACACGUCUACAGGCCGGGCGAGCUGCUGCCAGCUGAGUCGGAUCGCAUUUCCGGGGUAGACGCGUGAUAAGUGAAUCCGCUGAGGGGCAAUACCAAACUGCAUUUCCGAUUAGCUAUGUCAAAUUGAAGUGAAAUGAAGAUUCGUCUGAUAUCUGUAUCAGUAUUAUACGGUA